AUGGCUCCUACACUCUUUCAGGCUGCUGCACUGGCAUUGAGAGCUUCAUCGAUCGUCUGCCCCACUACACCAACAUGUCCUCAAGACGACAAGUGCACAUAUAUGUCCAGCAGCAUUUCUCUGCAAGCUAGCUGCUCGACUGACUUUUACGGCGGAGACCUGCAACUGGCGCAGACCUCCACACUGGCUGGUUGUAUGAAAGCUUGCGCUUCAGUAAGCAACUGCAUUGCAGUCAGCUAUGUUGGCCAGAACUGCUACAUGAAGAGCACACUGAACUCUGCUCAAGCGAAUGACAACGUAAUCGGCGCAGCAGUCACGGCCCGCGAGACGACAGCCCCAGUGGUACCGACUACACCGAUGUCCUGUCCUGCCACAUACACCUGUCCUGAGAACGACGGUUGCACGAUCCAGGGUGCCGGCUCUCGCACAUUUGCUCUCUCUUGUGGAACCGACUUCUAUGGAGGUGACUUCACCAACAUGGAAGCAUCAAGCCUUCAAGUUUGUACACAAGCUUGUGCUGACAACAGCCAAUGCGUGGCUGCCAGUUACGUUGGUGGCAAAGGCGCUGGCCAUUGCUAUCUCAAAGACAAGAACGAUGGCGUAAGCAACAAUGACAACGUGGAUGCCAUCGCUAUCGAUACCCGAGUGGUGGCGACCCCUUCACCUGUUUCAUCAAUUAUGGCUUCAUCAUCAACCGCUACCCCCACACCAAGCGAUGUCGUUUCUUCGACUCCAUCUGCAUCCUCAUCUCCACCUGCAACAAGCGACCCCAUCUCCUCGGCUUCAUCUGCCAUGUCCACCAGCUCUUCCUCAUCUAGCGAGGUCGCGUCCUUUACCUCCUCGAGUUCGUCUGCUACUGUAUCACCCACCACGUCCUCUAGCACGACCUCGAGCAUAUCUGUGGGUGACCUGAGCUCGACUUCGAGUAUGACUUCGGCUAUCCCAUCUUCAUCUGAUGUGUCCUUGACGCCUACUCCCACGCCGACGCCCACCUCUACUCUCACACCGACGUCCACCUCUACUCCCACGCCGACGUCCACCUCUACCGCCACACCCACGCCCGCCUCUACCGCCACACCCACGCCCACCCAGAUCCUUCUAAAUCCUGGAUUUGAGGAUGGGACAGGAAACUCCGCUACCUCAUGGACCGUUUCGGGCGCUCCUUUUCUUGCUGGAAACAUCGGAAGACUCAGUGGCGAUUCUCACAGCGGCUCCUACAGUUUCCAGGCAACACCCUUAGCCAACAAUGCCCAAUGGGUCGCGGCAUUGUCCCAGACCGUCACUGUUGUUCCAGGGCAAGCAUACGAUGUAUCCGUCUGGGGGAAGGCAAGUUCUCCUGCUGUGGGCUGCAUCACAUACAUCUUAUACGGCUCACUCGUUGGUACCGGGUUUUCUCUUACAACUGCGUACACGCAGAAUGUGAGGAGGAUUCCAGCAUCCAUGACAGCCUCAGGGACUGGUACUCUUUCUAUCAGGACUAAUUGUCUUCGCGGUGUCCCAGGAGCAAAGCUCUGGUUGGACGACAUCACCAUGACACAAGUUUAG